AAAAUAUUAUUUAUAAUAUGUUUGAGUACAGAUGCUAGAGUCUCUUAGCAAAGGUCAUUGUGAGAAUAUUACAAGCCGGGAUGUUAUAGUUCAAGAAAUAAAAGAAAAGUUGGAGGAGAAAAACUAUCUCCUUAUUCUAGAUGAUGUGUGGAAUGAAGAGAGGCGGGAAUGGGAAGACUUAAGGCAUUGUUUGUUAGGGAUAAGUAACACGAAUGGGAGUAGGGUCCUUGUCACAACCCGAAUCCAAAAUGUAGCAUCAGUGAUGGGAGUACUUCCUCAGCAUGUGCAUUGCCUCAAGCAGCUAACAGAUGAAGACUGUUGGUCUGUAAUCAAGCAUAGAGUAUUUGGCAACUCUCGUAUUCCUUCAGAAUUGAAGGAAUUGGAGACUAUUGGGAGGGAAAAUGCUAAAAAGUGUAAAGGUUUACCUUUAGUUGCAAGUGUUAUAGGGGGGAUUUUGUGCAAUAAUCACAAGGUGGAUGACUGGCGUGAAGUAUGGGGUUUAAUAGAAGAGGCUAAUGGAGUUUUGCCUGUACUGCAAUUGAGUUUCAGUCGCCUGCCAAAACCAGCUUUGAAACAAUGUUUUGUUUUCUGCUCAAUUUUCCCCAAAGAUUUUGUCAUGGAAAAGGAGAUGUUAAUUCAGCUUUGGAUGGCUCAUGGAUUUCUUCAACCAUCCAGUGAAAGACACAUGGAGAUGGAGGAUAUUGGUGACAAGUAUUUUAAUGACUUGUUAUCUUACUCCUUAUUUCAAGAUGCAGAAACAGAUUCUUAUGGGAGUGUUAUUACUUGCAAAAUGCAUGAUUUAAUUCAUGAUCUUGCACAAUCUGUUUCAGAGUCUCAAACAUUGAUUUUGGGGAAUGGUGGUCAUGGUAAUAUUACUGCAAACAUUCGUCAUUUGAAUCAUAUUUCUGAUAAGGGUUUGACAGCAGCAGAAAUAGGGGAUGCUAUGCAAAAACUGCACACAUUGUUUUCCAAGACUGAUGUCUUUCACAACAUGCCUGCAAACUUCAAAAAGGUGCGGGUCCUUAGCCUUUGUGGUGCCAAAAUUGACAAGCUGCCAGCUUUAUUGAGAAAAUUGAAGCAUUUGAGAUACUUAGAUGUUUCCGACACCAGGAUCACAGAACUUCCAAGAUUUAUCACCAAGCUAUAUCAAUUGCAGACUCUUAGGUUUAUGAAUUGCUUCUUGAUAGAAAGACCUCUGAAAGGAAUAGGGAAUUUAGUGAAUUUGAGGCAUAUUUAUUUUAAUGAUGAAAAGCAUAUGCCAGCAGGGGUUGGCACUCUAACUUGUUUACAAACAUUACAAUUAUUUGUUGUGGGUCAGCAGCAGGGGCGUGGAAUUGAAGAAUUGGGAGGCUUAAGUCAACUCAGGGGGGAAUUAGAAAUAACUAAUUUGAAGAUGGUUAGAAACAGAGAGGAAGCCAUGAGAGCAAAACUUCUUGAAAGGACUGCAAUUCAGGAGUUAGCAUUGAAGUUUGACCAAAAACCAGAUUGGCACUCGGUAUUGACGGGGUUUGGGCGGGAAGACUCAGAAGAAAGAAGGAAACAUGAUGAAGAUGUCUUGGAAGGCCUCCAACCUCACCCAAACCUGAAAAGCCUGAGAAUUAGUAACUAUUGUGGUGAAAAGUGUCCUUCAUGGAUGUUGAAAGAUCCUGGUAAUUUGGGAGAAUCUACUUAUCUCAAAAAUUUGGUGUCGUUGGGACUAUUUUUCUUUCCCCAAUUGAAAAGUAUUCCAUCACUUUCACUAAGCAACUUGGUGCAGCUGACCCUUUGCGGCUUAGAGGAAUUGGAUAGUGUGCCACCACUUCUACUCAGCAAUGGCGCAAAGGUGCAAAUCAGAAGGUGCAAGAGUCUGAGAAGUAUUGCAGAUUCAUAUCUUGAGGAACUCAUGAUUUAUGAGUGUAGUGAAUUGGUUAGUAUAGAGUUCGGACCUCUUGCCAUGAUGUAUCUGAAAAAAAUAAUGAUUGAGUUGUGUAAUAAGUUAGAAAGUCUUUCGAUGUUUAGUGGCAUGGGGGAGAGUUCAUCAACCUCCACAUGUCUCAAGGAGUUUUCUAAAAGUUGCAGUGAUAGUUCGGAGUCGGUUUCAAGUCUACAUGGGUUUUCAUCUCUUCAAAAGAUUGAUAUUUGGAAUUGUGGGCAACUAAAAAGCAUAGGGGAGAGUUUAUCAAAGUCCGCGUGUCUCAAGAAGUUGUCUAUAAGGGGUUGUCAUAGUCUGGAGUUGCUUCCAAGUCUAGUUGGUCUUUCAUCUCUUCAAAAAAUCAAUAUAAUCUCGUGUCAGAAAUUGAAAAGCAUAGGGGAGAGUUUAUCAACCUCCACAUGUCUCAAGAGAUUGUUUGUAAGUAGCUGUCAGAGUUUGGAGUUGAUUCCAAGUUUAGUUGGGCUUUCGUCUCUUCAAACAAUUGAUAUAAGCACAAGUGGGAAAUUGAAAAGUAUAGGGGAGAGUUUAUCAACCAACAAGUGUCUCAAGGAAUUGGAUAUAAAUUCCUGUGAUAGUCUAGAGUUGUUCCCGAGUCUGGAUGGGCUUUCAUCUCUUCAAAGAAUUGUUGUAUCAUUUUGUGGGAAGUUGAAAGGUAUAGGGACGAGUUUAUCAAGCUCCACGUGUCUCAAGGAGUUGUUUAUAAGUUGCUGUGAUAGUCUGGAGUCGGUACCUAGCGUAGAUGGGCUUUCAUCUCUUCAUUUUCUAGGUAUAGAUCAUUGUUCUGGUCUGGUGUCCAUUCCAAGCCUAGAUGGGCUUUCCUCUCUUCGGAAUCUAAAUAUACAGAAUUGUGAUAAAUUAACAAGUUUGCCAGGUGGGCUUUCAUCUUGCACUGCUCUUAAGGUGUUGAGUAUUGAGAAUUGCCAUGAUCUGAUUUCUAUACAAGAGGAUUCGAAGGACUUGUGUUCUCUUGUUAAAUUAGAAAUUACAAGAUGUGGAAAAUUGAGGAACAUCCUAGGCGUAGGGGAGAUUCUUGGCUUCCCCCUCACUCGCUUGAAGGUGCUACACUUCGGUGGUUUCUCAGUAGAACAAGAAGAACUAGAGGAAUACCCCACCCAACUUGAAGAAUUAGGUUUGGUCGGGUGGGAAAAACUUAGGCGUCUGCCACAUCAAAUUCAACGCCUAACCGCCCUUAGGAAACUCAGAAUAGAGGAUUUCGAUGGACUGGAAGCUUUGCCAGAGUGGUUGGGAAGCUUGUCCUCUCUUCGAUCGCUAGUGAUUUCCAACUGCAAGUCUCUAAAACAUAUGGAAGCCAUUCGAUGCCUCUCCAAUUUAAAUAGCCUUGAAAUUUUCGAAAGCCCUGAGUUAAGAGAAAGAUGCGCCAUAAGAAGGGGUUCAGAGUGGAACAACAUUUCUCACAUUCCAAAUAUCUGUAUGCCUAGUGGACAGAUAAUAGAGCUAACACCAGUCUUCGAGGUGGAAUAUAAUGAUGCACAAGAAAGCCAAUUAACCAAAUGGAAGAGACCCUUCUUUUGUUGCAAAGGCUAAUAAGCCUUUCAUCAGGUCUCGCAUUCGGUGUUAGAUUAAUUUUGGUCUAAAAGAUGGAGUGAUGGAGUCUGCAUUUGAUUGGUACAAUGUAAGUACUAAUG